UCUCAUCCUUUCUCGCCAUUGACAUUAUCGCUAAAAAAUAAAAUUUCAUUAAAAAUCACAAUAUCCCCUUUCUACUCUCUCGACAUUAUCAAUCUCUCCUUCGAUCUCCCCCUCCCUUCCUCUUUCAAUUUGACCAAAUCAGAUGUGUUCUUCAAUCUCUCAUAUGAAAUCAAUAAUCAACAAUCAUAUGGGGAAGAAACAAAUUAGGAGACAAGGCUGAAGAACUUUAGAAAACGUGAAUAGAACCUUUUAGACUGAGACUUGUUUAGCUUUUGGAUCAAACCCCAUGGCAACGAUCUUCUUCACCCACUCCUCGAAUCUCUCUUUCCCGCAGACUGGUUUAGCUUUUGAGAUCAGCAGAUUAAGCAACAGAUUCUGAGGCACUCCAAGCUCUCUCAGAACAGAAACAUUCCGUGUUCUGUUCUCUGCUUCACAUUGUCAUGAUGGUGGAGAUUUGGGAGUCUGUGAACCCGUAGCUUCUCAGGAGUUUCAGGACCGAGUCUGGGUUUCGUUUGGAGUUAGACCCAAGGAGUUGAUGAGUUCAGCGAUCCUCACCACUCUCUUCUCCGGCAACGUGUCUGAAGAUGGCGACAGUUCCGCCUUCUCUUCUUUGUUAUCCGUAUACAAACCUCGUCGCAUGGGAACAAGCAGCGACGAGACCUCUGAUAGGCGACGUGGUGACAGCUCUGAGUUACUUAGCUUCUUAAACGUUUAAUCCUUACGCGGCAAGCAGUCAUAACAGUAGAAGCGGUGGUGGAGGACCGCCAUUUAUCAGGACGAGGGAUGAAAGGCGAAGCAUGGGGGGAGAUGGGAGCUAGAGUAAACGGGUUGUUGGAUAUGUUAAACAGCAGGGAAAAUAAUUGGUUUAUGCUGAGCCGAACCGGUCUGGUGGAGGUCGUACCUAAGAGGCACAACAAGUUCUUGGCCAAUAUGGUUGGGGUUCACGAAGAGGUAGUGUUGUUACUUCUCUUUAUCCACUUGAUUCGCCAACGGGGGAGAAAGUGGUGGAACACAUAGAUAGGGAGAUAAUGGAUUUGGAUCAAUGGAUAUCCAAGGUUAAAGACGGUCAGCAUCUCUCAGAGGACGAGCUUCAGCUUCUUUGCGAAUACGUGAACGGGAAGGUUUCGAAGCCGGUUUUGAAAGAGAGGUUCAAGGUGUUCAAUACUAUGUUUGAUGAGAUACACAAGACGCAGAGUACUUGGAUUGUGAGUGAUGAGCAGAUGCAGUCGGAGCUAAGGGUUUCUAUCGCGGCGUUCGUGAUUCCGGCUUAUAGGUCUUUCUUUGGGAGGUAUAAGCAGCAUAUUGACUCUGGGAGGCAUAGUGAUAAGUAUGUUAAGUAUCAGCCUGAAGAUAUUGAGACUUACAUUGAUGACUUGUUUGAUGGGAAUCCACCUUCUAUGGCACUUAAGAGGACUUGAGAAAAAAAAAAACUAUGAAUGUGUGACAUAAGAUCUGGUUCCCUUUUGCUUUUUGAUAAAUUUUUUAAUUUUUUUUUUUUGAUAAAAUCUGGUUCCCUUUUGCUUCUUCUUAUUUUUCUUCUAUGAUUAUUUUUCAUUACGUUUCAUGUUUAUAGAACUGUUUCUUGAUCUGAGACUACCAUGAAAACUUUUUGUUUCUUUCUUA